UAGCACAGCAGAAACCCCGCAGCCGCAGGCGUUAUCGGCUCUCCUCCCGUCACUCCUACAGCCGCUGCCUCUUCGGCUCCUUCCCCAUGGCCGCCGCCCUCCUCCUCGCCGCCUCCACCUCGUCCUCCUCCUCCGCCGCCUUCCGGCCCCCUCUCCGCCUCCGCUCUCCCACACACCCUCCUCAUCCCCGCCUCAUCCGCACUGGGAGGCGGCCGUUCCCGGUGGUCCGCGCGGCCGAGACCGACGCCACCAAAGACGCGAAGCCCAAGGCCCCGGAGAAGGCGCCGGCGGCGGACGGCUCCAGCUUCAACCAGCUGCUCGGCAUCAAAGGCGCCAAGCAGGAGACCGACAUUUGGAAGAUACGUCUUCAACUUACUAAGCCAGUGACAUGGCCUCCGCUUGUCUGGGGAGUUCUCUGUGGAGCAGCUGCCUCUGGAAAUUUCCAUUGGACAGUUGAAGAUGUCGCAAAAUCUAUUGUAUGCAUGAUAAUGUCUGGCCCAUGCCUUACAGGAUACACACAGACAAUUAACGACUGGUAUGAUCGAGACAUUGAUGCAAUCAACGAGCCUUAUCGCCCUAUUCCAUCGGGUGCUAUAUCAGAAAAUGAGGUAAUUACUCAGAUCUGGGUGCUACUGUUAGCAGGGCUUGGAUUGGGUGCUUUGUUAGAUGUGUGGGCAGGGCACGAUUUUCCUAUUGUUUUUUAUCUUGCUGUGGGUGGUUCCUUACUUUCCUACAUAUAUUCAGCACCACCUCUCAAGCUCAAGCAGAAUGGAUGGAUUGGGAACUUUGCUCUGGGUGCGAGUUACAUUAGCUUGCCCUGGUGGGCUGGCCAGGCGUUAUUUGGAACUCUUACUCCUGAUAUCGUUGUCCUCACAACUUUGUACAGCAUAGCAGGGCUAGGGAUUGCCAUUGUAAACGACUUUAAGAGCAUUGAAGGGGAUAGAGCUCUGGGUCUUCAGUCACUCCCUGUUGCUUUUGGAAUGGAAACUGCAAAAUGGAUAUGCGUUGGAGCAAUUGACAUCACUCAACUAUCUGUUGCAGGCUACCUAUUGAGCACUGGGAAGCUAUAUUACGCCCUGGCGCUGCUUGGACUAACAAUCCCUCAAGUGGUUUUCCAGUUCCAGUACUUCCUGAAGGACCCUGUUAAGUAUGAUGUCAAAUAUCAGGCAAGCGCGCAGCCGUUCUUCGUAUUGGGCCUGCUGGUGACGGCCCUGGCGACCAGCCACUGAUGAAAGCAUCCAACGUAGACUGGAUCCGCAGAGCUUCGUGGGAAGAAGCAGAUUGUUCAGGUGUGAUGAAAUAUAAGGUUUCAGCGUCUCUGUAUAUCACGAUGUGCUAGCUCCUUGUGAGCAGGUAGGAUCGUCCUUCUGGAACAGAAAAAAAGAAAAGGAAAAAUCAGUUUUGUAAGGUUUAUGUGAUGCAGCAGCCAUGCUGGUGAUGGAAGGAUUAGCGACAUCGCCUGUUGUUGUAGUAGGUUCAGUAGAUACACGAUAAGACGCUUGAGAAUGCUGUGCCAUUGCCAGCUGCUCAACCGGCUGCAGCUCUGCAAGGCUUUGAACGAACAGUUUUGCGAUGAAAUCCAGCAUGACUAUUGUCUACA